AUGAGCUCCAUGUUGUGGAAAUGUAGUUGCAGCUGGGAAAGGAGCAUGAGUAUACGAUGGAGAGAGUUCAACACUGAACCUUUGAAGUACCAUUGCCAAGAAGAGUUUAGCUUGCAACAUCGAAAAGUUCUGACCGAUACAAGUCCGAGGGCCCGAGCUAAAUGGCAAGAAGGAGAGUCUUCCUUUGGUUGCACCCGCCACGCCAUUGGCGAAUCUCUCGGGCUUAAACUCUUUCACAUCGUCUCCCCAAAGAUCAGAAUCAUGGUGCACCAAGAGCAUUGGUAUUGUUACUACAACUCCUUCAGUAAGCUGGUGAAUAGAGUCGUAGAACUUCAUGGAGGAUCAUUGUUACCUAAUGAUAAUAACCAAAGAAGUGGCUUAGCCCUUCGAAAUCGGGUUCGUUGUUACCGAAGGCCUGAGAAAUCUCGUCUCUUGCUUUGUUUUGCCAAUCUUGAUGUUGGCUUAGAGCAACAAGUGUCCAAACAAACAAUGAAGAAGUCACAUUUUGACCAGCUAGAUAGAAAGCCUUGCAGUCAUCUAUCAGAUCAUCAAGACUCAGCCCUGAAUCUGCCAACAUCGAGAACAACAGUCGCUGUUUUUGUCGACGGCUCGAAUAGCAAGGAGACCAAGAUCAAUCUGUUCUUGUUGGAUUUCGAAGAUCUUGAUACCAUCUUUGUAGGAAUCACCAAAAGAAGCACGAGCAAGCAUACUUUUAAGUUGGGUGACUUGGUGGCGUGGCGUGGAUUCUUUAUUAAUACAUGA